CGUCUGUCCACAUCCCGCCAAUUGCGCCGCUAUUGAAACCCUCCACCUCUCCCGCGACGCCAACUGCCCACCUUCCAACACCCUCGCGCGUCCCGUACCAUCGCAGCCGGCCUGCCCACAAGCGACCGUAGCCCACCAUGUACCACCUUGCAAAGGGCCUCUACCUCCUGGCCACCAGCAAAGAAGAGUACUCCGUCAUCCUCCUCGGCCUCGACAAUGCCGGCAAGACGACCUUCCACGAGCAGGUCAAGGCACUCUUCCUCCCCGGUAACCCAGAGCCGAAGCUCAAGACAGUGCCGACGGUAGGGCAGAACGUCUCGACCAUCACGCUGCCGGACAUGUACCUGAAGAUCUGGGACGUGGGCGGCCAGCACUCGCUGCGCCGGCUGUGGCAGAGCUAUUACGCCUCGGCGCACGCCAUCGUCUUCAUCAUCGACUCGACCGACAUUGGCGACGGGAACAUCGAGCACGACAGCUCGGGGCGCCUCGACGAGUGCCGCCUCGUGCUGGAGGACGUGCUGCAGCACUCCGAGACCGAAGGCGUGCCCGUGCUGGUGCUCGCCAACAAGCAGGACCGCGAGGACUGCGUCGAGGUCGUGAGGAUCAAGGAGGGGCUCGUGAAGAAGGUGUUUGAGGGCGAGAAGGCGAGCAGCAUCCGUGACUCGAGGGUGCUGCCCGUCAGCGCCCUGACGGGGACCGGCGUCAAGGAGGCGGUGGAGUGGGUCAGAUCAAGAGUGAAAUGGAAUAAGGAGUCGAGACCGCCGGUGAUGCGGUAGUCGUCAUCACCAUCGUUGCCAGGGACGGUUGUUUUACGAGGCAUGAAAUUCACAAGGGGAACCAUUAGAAUGGCGUUUGCUGGAGUUGGAAAGCCCGACGGCGAGGGCCAACGCGGUUCACACACAGUUUGCAGGCAUUGAAUCUUUCGAAGCGUAUAUGGCU